AAUAAAUAAAUAAAUAAAUAAAGUUGUGUGGGGCGAAAAGUUUUGCCUUUGGUUUUUCCGCACUUUCGACCACUUUUCGCUGUGACGCCUGCGCAGCUGACUGAAAAAAUACAGAAAGAAAAAACAAAUCUAAUUGGAUACUUGGCUGCCAAACGGACACCGGAAACGGAAGUUGGCUGCCAUUUGCCAUAUAGACUAACUAGCAAACACAACAACUGGCCCAGAACCUGUCCAUGGAUUUAUGAGAGUCGCCCCCUCCCAAGACGAGUGACACUGCUCCAGAUCCCAAUUGCGAUCCCCCAAACCAGAUCGAUGUGGCCGGAGACGACCGUCUGAGGUUCGCCCGAGUAGGUAGAAAAUGGCGGACACUUACCAGGAUGCGAGCAGCACAAUGCGCCCCGUGUUUCCCAACUCGCGACUUGGCUCCUUGGCCGGCGCAUCCUUGGGCGGCCUGGAGAGUCAGCUGCCGGGACCGCUGCCGGAUGCGGAUCCCCUAAGCACCACCGCUGCUUCCUCGGCUGCCUCUGCCGCCGCCGAGGGCUACAAUCCGCUGGACGAUGACCAGUGGUGGGCCAAUGCCAUCGAGGUGGACACCUUCGACUCACCGCUGGCCUUCGACGCCAGCGAGAAUGGACUGUGGAACGGGCAUUUUGUGCCACCGCCACCCCGGCCACCGUUCCUGGAUGAAAGCGUCGCCGCCGACGGCCUGACCACCUGUGAUCUGUGCACGUGGGCCUGGCAGCGGAAUGCCUACUCCCUGGAUGGAUCCAUUGAUACCGCCGGCGAACUUGGAUGGGCAUUCACCCUAAUCAUAGUUUCAAUCAUAUCGGCUCUAAUAGGUGCUAUUGUAAUGGUCAUAGUUCUAAGAUGUAGGAGAAUUAAAUCAGCGAAUGCCAAUGGGUAUAAAAAAUAUAACUCAUUUCCAUUUGCAGGUGGUCGCCCGCAGCCUUGGUGGUGUCGCAAUAACCGCAACGGUGGUCAGAACCGAUCGCCCAUCUCGAUCAAGCAUUCAGCGGACAGUAUCCGGCGACCCACAAGUAAUUCCGGUGUCUGGACCUGGCUGGGUGGCAGUCGCCGCUCCUCCGCUGGCCCAGACCAGAUCGGACCGCCAUCCACAUCACCGGCGGAGAAUCAUUAUACGCACAUGGACGAUGCCUACAGUCCGGUGGGUGUGAGCGAGGCGCUCUACGCGGAGCUGGAUAGGGAGUCCGUGAGAUCGGCGAAUCCCUCGUAUCAGAAUACGGCCUACAGUCAGUGUGGCGAGAAAUACAAUUUCCAGGGCCACGAGCAGGACAUUCCCAUGGUGGUCUCCUCGGCGCCGAGCAGUGCCUACUACUCGGACCUGUCGGUGACGGCCAUGCCCGGUGGUGCCAGUGGCAGCAACCAGGGCGCCUACGAGAUCGUUGGACUGAAUGUCAUGUCCCAGCCGCUGCCCAACUGGGAUCAUGUUGGCGGUUCAGGGGGAGGAGUCGUUGGAGGGACUGGCCUCAAUCCCAGCGAGGCGGCGGCCAUGACGCAACGGAGAGGACAACGACUGGCGGCCAUCAACGAGACGAGCACCAGCACAGUGCCCUCGGACUAUGUCUAAGUUUUUGAGGAAUACAAUUACGAUAUGGAAAAUAAUGUGAAAUGUUUGGCGAGCUUAACAUGUUAAUAGGAUUAGGAUACGUUACAUAUAAACCCCUAGGAUGUAGGGUUAAAUUUACACUUAGACUUAAUACUAGGUACUAGCAAAGGCAAUUAAAAUAAAUACGAUGCAUAGCGCCAAAUUCUGUUAAACAGCCAGAGAGAGCGAGAACUCUAUUAUAAAUUGUUUUAUGGUCUGCAAUUGGUGCGCUAUGCAUCCUAUUUCUGAUAUUGUCUUUGGUAUUACCUUUUGGGAGUUAGCGUGGACGAAUCGUGUCUUUGGUUUAUGUCUGACUUUAGAAAUCCAAUCGAUAUAUAGGGAUAUAUUUAUACACACACUUACAAAACAAGGCGAGAAUUGUAUUAUAUGUCUAGUUUUUAUAUAGUCUCUAAGCAACGAUUUAAUCGUGGGUGAUAUUUAGCCUAAAAAUAUGCUAUAUUCUUAUGUUCUAUGUACUUUAAACAUUUUCUGAAAAUGUAUAAACACCAACAAACGCAUUUUUCGUAGAAUUAGACUAUAAAAAGUGAGGUCGUAUUUCCCCCAGGAUCAGCAGUACACGAAUAUAUAUAGAAACGAUAUAUAUAUACACAUACAUAUACAAUACGAAUAAAAAGCAUAUUUAUACACUCAUAUUUACAGCAGCAAACGAACGCAUUUACUAUUAUAUCUCACCAAUAUGAACUAUAUAUCUAUAUCUUUAAACAAUAACUGAGGCAAACAUAUUUACAACGAUUUUAAUGCAACCAGAUUUCACCAAUAUUUACCGAGAAUAAACCGAUAUCGGGGGAAAUGAUAUACUGGCACCGUCAUAUCAUUUACCAACAAAACCGUAAUCUUACGCAUAGCUAUCUAUAUACAUAUACCAUUUACAAUAAACAAAAAACAGACUCACGAGACCCUUAGCAGAUGUAUUUUAGUUCUUAGUCGCUAUUAAUUAAUUUAAUUUAAUGACACUCACCAACACACACACAGACACAU